UCCUGCAGCUCAAGGACCCAUAUCGGAUCCUUUUGGGAGAUACGGAACUGGCCAGAAGAUGUUCAAGACUUUAGCUCUUGUUCUUUUCUUCUCUUACAUUGCCUGCUACACGGCCCAAGAGGUAGUGUCAGAUGUCAAUGAAACUAGGUCAGACUCAAAUGUCAAUGCAACUGGCACUGACCAGAAAACCGAUAAAAUCACUACUACACAAGCAAUUAAUGCACUAGAGGGAACCACUAAAGACACAGGAGUUAAUGCUACGGACCCUAGCGUGCAAGCCCCGGGAAAUGGAACCCUUGCUGAAGAGACAAAAUCCAAGGCUGAAAAGAAAGAAGACAAAAAAAGUGGUUGCUUAAAAAAAGGCAAAAGGAAAGGAAAAAAGAAGGGCAAAGGGAAAGGAAAAAAGAAGCAGAAUUCAUCCGAAGAAGAUCACGAAAAUAAGAAGAAAGACAGGAGAGGUAAAAAAGGGAAAAGAGGAAAGAAAAACAAAAAAGACAGUAAUAGAAAGGACAUGCAGAAUUCAUCCGAAGAAGAUUGCGAAGAUAAGACAAAACCCAAGGAUGAUAAUAAAGAAGAUGGAAAAGGUAGUGACUUAAAAAAAGGCAAAGGGAAAGGAAAAAAGAAGCAGAAUUCAUCCGAAGAAGAUUGCGAAGAUAAGGGUAAAAAAGGAAAGAAGAACAAAAAAGACAAGAAAAAAAAGGACAAGGGUAAAAAAGAAAAGAAUGGAAAAAACAAGAAAGAAAGAGGAAACAAAAGGAAAGACAACUAGAAAAAUAACAAGACAUCCGAAACAGAAAAGCAACAACAAUAAAGAAAUCGCUUAAAGCAGUCAUGGAAUGCUAGAGAAAACUAAUUUUGAAACACAUUAAUUAUUCAUUCGAUUAAAGAUAAUAAAAUGUUAGUAAAAUCA